AUGAUUCCCUUCAAGAAGAGAAAGCACAAGCAGGUUGAUCCCAAUGAUACAGCGCUAAGGCCGUUGAAGCAGAAGUCUACAAACGUUAGGGGCAGACGUACCAAGGAGAAAGGGAAAGGUACUACGGACACACAGAGCGAUACAGCGGCAACACAUAGUAAAGGCAAUAGCGAUGCUCGGUCCAAAUGGAAGUCCCAAGUUGAUGGCGAUGUAGUUUUUUACAACGAAAACGUUUCGAUUAGGCUGGUGGAAGAACAGUCUUUGGCGGCUCCGUCCAUCGCGGACGAUGUCAGCGGCGUAUUUACAUCACUACGGCGGCAAAAUCAGGAUGCCGUGGAACUAAGCCAGCGAUCUAUCCAGCUGGAGGACUUUGACCAGCCACCUGCCUCAACAUCUACUCCCUUGGUCAGCCCUCAGAAACAAGAUCUGGCUGACCCUGAUGCCCUCAGCGCCCGCCUGGCCCACUCCAAGCAGAGCGAUUCUACAACAGGCUAUAAGCAACGAUACCCCCAGCAACCGCAGGCUCCCAUCUCCCCCAUAUAUUGCAAGAACCCCCAUAUAGACUACAACAAUCCCUACGAACUUGCUGCAUGCCUUCAGCUCCCACGACUAGCCUCUCCGGGCUAUCUGAGCCUGGGCGGCAAGUCCAACCAUAGCUCCCCGUCCCAUUCACACACUUACCAAUCAAGUGGCGCGCAGGCCACAUACCAAGGCUCAAGCAUCAGCAGGAGCUAUCACAAAGCGUGA